CCUAGCAACGGCGGGGCCGGGGAUGGCGGGCGCCGCGGGCCGGGCGGGCUCCGCCGGCGGCAGCAUCUUUGAGGAUGAAAGCAUGAAACUACGACAGCUGAAACUGGAGAAUCAGAGAGCUCUUCUAGAGAAGAAGCAGAGGAAGAAACGUCUUGAUCCUUUGAUGGUACAGCCAAAUCCUGAGGCAAAGCUGCGUAGGUCAAAGCUCAAAGGGUGUGAGGAGCAGACUCCUUUAGUAGAAACUCCUACCCCUUUCCACAGCGAUGUUAUGUUACAUGGCAUUGAUGGACCAGCUGCUUUCCUGAAAUCAGAAGUGCAAGAUUUGGGGACCAAGCUCCAAAAUCUCUCUGCUGGAUCUUCCCAAACAGAAAACAAUACAGAUCAGCAAAAUGGAGAGGCUCUAACAGACACAGCAGGCAAGCCAGAUCUGCAAGAAAUCUUAGAGAAACGAGGAAUUUCUGGCAGUUUGAAUUUUGAUGAGGAGGACACAGAAGAGGAAGAAACUAGUAAGAGACCAGCAUAUCACUCAAAGUAUCCUGAAUCUGAGAGGCCUAGUUCUGCAACCAGUGAGAAAUCUUUUGCAGAAACAGGUGCUUCCUGUAGUCCAUCCCCUCAGGCAGAUGCACAGAUGGGAGAAGUAGAGAACUUAGAGGAUUUUGCAUUACGCCCUGCACCCCGUGGUGUUACAGUCAAGUGUCGAAUCACUAGAGAUAAGAAGGGAAUGGACCGGGGCCUCUUCCCUACUUACUACAUGCAUCUGGAAAGGGAUGACAACAGAAAGACAUUCCUUCUUGCAGGGAGAAAACGAAAGAAGAGCAAAACAUCCAAUUACCUCAUAUCAGUUGACCCAACUGAUCUAUCCCGGGAAGGGGAAAGUUUCAUUGGGAAACUCAGGUCAAACCUCAUGGGAACUAAAUUUACAGUCUAUGACCAUGGAGUUAGCCCAGUCAAGGCACAAGGUCUAGUGGAAAAGGCUCAUACCAGACAGGAGCUUGCAGCUAUUUGUUAUGAAACCAAUGUGUUAGGAUUCAAGGGUCCCAGAAAAAUGUCUGUGAUCAUCCCAGGAAUGAAUAUGAAUCAUAAGCGAAUUCCAAUCCGUCCACGAAGUGAACAUGAGAGUCUGCUCUCAAAAUGGCAAAACAAAAAUUUAGACAACCUCAUCGAGUUACACAACAAGGCUCCAGUCUGGAACGAUGAUACUCAAUCCUAUGUUUUGAACUUCCAUGGAAGAGUCACUCAGGCCUCAGUGAAGAACUUCCAGAUUGUCCAUGACAAUGACCCUGACUACAUUGUGAUGCAGUUUGGUCGUGUAGCAGAAGAUGUGUUCACUUUGGACUAUAAUUAUCCUCUCUGUGCUCUUCAGGCCUUUGCUAUUGGACUUUCCAGCUUUGAUAGUAAAUUGGCCUGUGAAUGAGAAACAACAGACUUGAAACAUGGAACUUGUUCUCAUCCCUGCAUCAUGUUGCAAGAGUUCCAGGUGGAGUAAUGAAAAGCACAUUGGGGAUGGAAGGGAAAUGGAGAACAGAUUUCUGCAGGCUUAUUAGAAUGCAAAUAUGAGGCCUCACUGCAUUACGGUAGUGGACAGCAGACCAUCUUAGGAGACCGUCCCAAGACUAAGCAGUCUUUAUAUGCAUUGUGGAAGAACAAGAAAUAUGGGUGAUGCUUUUGUCAUUGAUGUUGAUUCUGCUUUCAGAAUCCUUGUAACAGAUGCUGCAUGAGACUGGGCUAAGAAAUGUAGCCCACUAAUUGGAACCCCUUGCAGCUAGGAUUAGAAAAAUAAUAGGUUAGUGUUCAUAUACCUUGGAAAUUCCAACUUGCAGAUGAUACUACUGAACUGAUCAGGAACUCUUGAGUUCCUGAUGAGAUCAAUUUAGAAAAGAGGAGGACAGAUAUUGGCAUGUGUUCUCUUUUGCCCUGUGUAGCAUUUUACAGUUACAACAAUCAGACAGAGAAAGAUUCAGUUUGUGGCUCUGUGCAACCUUAGGUGAUGUUCAAAAAAUACAAAGCUGGAAUGACACAUUGGCUGUAAUAAAACACUUUUUCUCAUA